CACUAUCCCAGCUGACUUCUUCACUACAUAAAUGCAUCAGAAUGGCCGCACUGUUUAAAGGCUUCCUCCUGCAAGAUGUGCAGAGGUAGAUAAAGUCAGUCAAUGCACAAUGUCUCCCAAGCCCCUGCAUUUGUCUGGUGAGCAUUGCCUUGUGUGGUUUUAAUUCUCCAUCGGUGACUACAAGCACAGAGAGGAAGAAAGAGAAAGACAAAAAAAACACUGAAGACUGGUUUUGUGAGAUUUGCCAGGGAAUUGUACCUACCCUAAGCUGUCACAUUUGGCCAGCUAUUACCAGUACCCAGGAUGGCUCAUGCUGCAUCCCACAUCAAGAAAAACCGGGAAUUGGAAGCUGCGACCGAGGAUGAAAAAGUGGUCAAAAAACACCGGAAACGUUCGCGGGAUCGAAAGAGAAAGACUGACACCAAUGCAAGCUAUCUACGAGCCGCUCGAGCGGGCAAUUUGGAGAAGGCCCUUGACUAUAUCAAAGCUGGAGUUGACAUAAACAUCUGCAAUCAGAAUGGCUUGAAUGCUCUUCACCUUGCUUCGAAGGAGGGUCACAUUGGGGUCGUUUCCGAACUGAUCCAGCUCGGUGCGAAUGUGGACGCAGCCACCAAGAAAGGAAAUACCGCUCUCCAUAUUGCAUCCUUAGCUGGACAAGCAGAAGUUGUACAUGUGCUUGUAACAAAUGGAGCGAACAUUAAUGCCCAGUCACAGAAUGGCUUCACACCUCUAUACAUGGCCGCACAGGAGAAUCAUCUGGAAGUUGUUAAGUUUCUUCUGGACAAUGGUGCAAGUCAGAGCAUUGCAACGGAGGAUGGCUUCACACCAUUGGCUGUGGCACUGCAGCAGGGUCAUGACCAAGUAGUCUCGCUGCUGCUGGAGAACGACACGAAGGGCAAGGUGCGCCUGCCAGCCCUUCACAUCGCUGCCCGCAAGGAUGACACCAAAGCCGCCGCACUCCUCCUGCAGAAUGACCACAAUGCAGACGUGGAGUCCAAGGUGAUGGUGAAUAGGACCACUGAGAGUGGUUUCACCCCGCUCCAUAUAGCUGCUCACUAUGGAAAUAUCAACAUAGCAACCCUGCUACUGAAUCGAGGUGCUGCUGUGGAUUUCACAGCGAGGAAUGAUAUCACUCCAUUGCACGUGGCCUCGAAAAGAGGAAAUGCCAACAUGGUCAAGCUGCUUCUGGACCGAGGAUCCCAAAUUGAAGCCAAGACGAGGGAUGGUCUGACCCCUCUCCACUGUGCAGCAAGGAGCGGCCAUGAGCAGGUGGUGGAAAUGUUGCUCGAUCGUGGAGCACCAAUUCUUUCCAAGACAAAGAAUGGAUUGUCCCCUCUCCACAUGGCUACACAAGGAGACCACCUGCAUUCUGUGAAGCUGCUCCUCCUCCACGACGUGCCCGUUGAUGAUGUGACAAACGACUACCUGACAGCAUUGCACGUUGCCGCACACUGCGGCCAUUACAAGGUGGCCAAGGUCCUGCUCGAGAAGAAGGCCAACCCCAACGCCAAAGCACUGAAUGGUUUCACCCCGCUUCAUAUCGCAUGCAAGAAAAACAGGAUUAAAGUGAUGGAUCUGUUGUUGAAGUAUGGAGCAUCAAUACAGGCAGUCACUGAGUCGGGCCUCACACCUAUUCAUGUCGCUGCGUUCAUGGGACAUACAAAUAUUGUGACACAAUUAAUGCAACGUGGAGCAUCACCAAAUACAACAAACGUGAGAGGGGAAACAGCCCUACAUAUGGCUGCCAGGGCAGGCCAAGCAGACGUGGUCCGUCAUCUCGUCCAGAACGGGGCUCAGGUGGAGGCCAAAGCGAAGGAUGACCAGACCCCAUUGCACAUUGCGUCGCGCCUGGGCAAGGCUGACAUUGUGCAGCAGUUGUUACAGCAUGGGGCCUCUCCAGAUGCAGCAACCACCUCUGGUUACACCCCACUGCACAUCUCGGCCAGGGAAGGCCAUGAAGACGUGGCUUCGGUUCUUCUGGAACAGGGCGCUUCGCUGUCUGUGAACACCAAGAAAGGAUUCACCCCUCUCCACGUGGCUGCCAAGUACGGGAGAUUGGAGGUGGCCAACCUUUUGCUUCAGAAAUUUGCAUCUCCCAAUGCUUCUGGAAAGAGUGGCCUGACCCCUCUGCAUGUGGCAGCUCACUAUGACAACCAGAAAGUGGCCCUUCUGUUACUGGACCAAGGAGCCUCCCCGCAUGCAACAGCAAAGAAUGGCUACACGCCCCUGCACAUAGCUGCCAAGAAGAAUCAGAUGGACAUUGCGACGACCCUGCUGGAGUAUGGCGCGGAUACCAACACUGUGACCAAACAAGGCAUUACGCCCGUGCACCUAGCUGCUCAGGAGGGACAUGUGGACAUGGUCUCCUUGCUCCUGACCCGCAACGCAGAUGUGAACCUGGGAAACAAGAGUGGUCUGACACCGCUUCAUUUGGCUGCUCAAGAGGAUCGGGUGAAUGUAGCGGAAGUGCUGGUUAAUCAGGGAGCUGCUAUCGACCCACAAACCAAGAUGGGUUAUAUUCCACUGCACGUAGCAUGUCACUACGGGAACGUGAAGAUGGUUAACUUUCUGUUGCAGCAUAAUGCCAAAGUCAAUGCCAAGACAAAGAACGGGUACACCCCAUUACACCAGGCGGCUCAGCAGGGACACACCCACAUCAUUAACAUCCUCCUGCAACAUGGCGCCUCUCCAGAUGAAGUCACCAUGAAUGGGAAUACUGCUUUAGCCAUUGCUAAGAGGCUUGGUUAUAUCUCUGUGGUUGAUACACUGAAGGUGGUAACUGAGGAAACUUUGACAACUACAAUGUCUGUUACAGAAAAGCAUAAGCUAAAUGUUCCUGAAACUAUGAACGAAGUUCUGGAUGUAUCUGAUGAUGAAGGUGAUGAUGCGAUGACUGGAGAUACAGAUAAGUACCUUGGUCCACAGGAUCUGAAAGAAUUGGGAGAUGAUUCGUUGCCCAUGGAAGGAAACAUGAGUUAUAUGGGUUUUAGCUUGGGAGCUCGCUCAGCAAGCCUUCGCUCCUUCAGUUCGGAUAGGUCAUACUCGCUGAACCGGAGUCCGUACACACGGGAUAGCAUCAUGAUUGAAGAGAUGACAAAGGAGGUGCAGGGUUUCCAACCAGAACUUGCACCUUCCAUGGGGGGACCAGUCGUGAGCAACUCACUGAAGCACCUGGCGGUUUCCAGAGAGUAUGACAGCGACUCAUUGAAAAGGUUCAGCUGGACGGCAGACACACUCGACAACGUCAACCUGGUCUCCAGCCCCAUUCAUUCAGGUUUCCUCGUCAGUUUCAUGGUGGAUGCCCGGGGUGGAUCCAUGCGAGGCAGCCGUCACAAUGGGAUGCGCAUCAUCAUCCCACCCCGCAAGUGUACCGCACCCACACGCAUAACGUGCCGCCUGGUGAAGAGGCACAAACUGGCCAGCCCACCCCCUAUGGUGGAGGGCGAAGGACUGGCCAGCCGGCUGGUUGAAGUUGGACCAUCAGGUGCCCAGUUCUUGGGUAAACUGCACCUUCCUACCAACCCUCCCCCUCUCCACGAGGGUGAGAGCUUGGUUAGCCGAAUCCUGCAGCUUGGGCCACGAGGGACAAAAUUUAUUGGCCCAGUGAUUGUGGAAAUCCCACAUUUUGGGUCAAUGCGAGACAAAGAAAGGGAGCUUAUCGUGCUUCGAAGUGAAAAUGGAGAAGUCUGGAAGGAACACCAAUAUGACUGUAAAGAACAGGAGCUUACUGAGAUAUUGAAUGGCAUGGAUGAAGAGCUCGACAGCUUUGAAGAGCUGGAGAAGAAACGCAUCUGUCGGAUCAUCACCAAGGAUUUUCCGCAGUAUUUUGCCGUGGUGUCGCGGAUCAAACAAGAAAGUAAUCAGAUGGGACCUGAAGGAGGAAUGUUGAGCAGCACAAACAUUCCUCUUGUGCAAGCAUCCUUCCCAGAGGGUGCUCUCACCAAGAGGAUCCGAGUGGGUCUCCAGGCCCAGCCAAUCCCCGACGAACUCGUCAAAAAGAUCCUUGGGAACCGAGCCACGUUUAGUCCAAUAGUGACCGUGGAACCCAGAAGAAGAAAAUUCCACAAACCCAUUACUAUGACGAUCCCGGUGCCACCUGCAUCGGGAGGAGAUGCUUCAAAUGGAUACAGAGGGGAAGCACCAAGCCUGAGACUGCUCUGCAGCAUAACAGGAGGUACAUCACCUGCUCAGUGGGAAGAAAUCACAGGAACAACACCAUUAACCUUUGUGAGCGACGCUGUCUCUUUCACAACAAACGUUUCAGCCAGGUUUUGGCUGGUUGAUUGUCGUCAGGUGCCAGAGACUGUUAGCCUAGCCACGCAGCUCUACAGGGAAUUAAUCUGUGUCCCGUACAUGGCCAAAUUUGUUGUGUUUGCCAAAAUGCACGACCCCGUGGAGGCCCACCUGCGUUGCUUCUGCAUGACCGACGACAAAGUCGACAAGACGCUGGAGCAGCAGGAAAACUUCACCGAAGUGGCUCGGAGCAAAGACAUUGAGGUUCUGGAAGGUAAACCCAUCUUUGUGGAUUGCUAUGGAAACCUGGUCCCCCUCGCCAAAGCAGGCCAGCAGCUAGUGUUCAACUUCUAUGCCUUCAAAGAAAAUCGGUUGCCCUUUGGUGUGAAGGUCCGAGACAACAGCCAGGAGCCAUGCGGUCGCCUGUCAUUCCUCAAGGAACCGAAAACAUCGAAAGGAUUACCACAGGCAGCAAUCUGUAAUCUGAACAUAACCCUGCCAACCCACAAAAAAGAAACCGAAUCUGAUCCAGAUGAAGAGGUCGAGAGAGCUUCGGAACGUCGUCAGACUUUUGCAUCCAUGGCGUUGCGCAAGCGUUAUAGUUAUCUUGCGGAACCCGGAAUAAAACUCAUUGAACGGAGUGCAGGAGUCACCAGGUCUCUCCCCGCGCCCUAUUCCUACAAGCCGGUCUUUUCCGCGAGACCUUUCCAGUCCUGGGCAGCUGCUCCCGUCUCUGUAGCCGGAGUGGUGAAAUCCGGGAUUGCGUCUCUGUCGAACUCGACAUCCAACACGCCGACAGCGUCCCCAUUAAAGUCAGUCUGGUCUGUCUCUUCCUCGUCACCCAUCAAAUCAACCCUGGGAGCGUCCACUACCUCCUCAGUGAGAUCCGUCAGCGACCUAGCGUCUCCAAUUAGAUCAUUCAGGUCAACGCCCUCACCUAUCAAAACCGUGGUGACGCAGGCUCAGUAUUCCGUGAAAUCCUCUGCCGCGUUGAACUCUUCGCCCGUUAAAGCAUUGGUAGCGCCUGAAUCUCCAUCCGGGAAGGGGAUAGCCGCUUCCUUGUUUUCCUCACGGCUGUCGCCCGCGACGACGGCAGGUUUGCUGUUGGAGAGAUCCUCCAUAACCAUGACCCCGCCCGCUUCACCCAAGGCCGCUUUCAACGCGUACGCAUCCCCGUCACCCUUCAAGACCACCACCAUGCCCACUGUGCCGCCCCCGUCUGUGAAAUCGCUGUCCAGCUCGGGCUCCUCCCCUGUUAAGUCGGUCGCCGACGCCGCGUUCUCGCCUUUCAAGCCGGCCGCGCUGCCCAACGGCCAGGCAGUCGCCAAGGGGGCGGUGUCGCUGGUCAAGUAUCCCCCGGCAACAGCGUUCUUCUGCAGCCAGGGGGCUGGCGCCAUGCCUGAGAAAGCACCGGGCGCUGUCCUAUCUGCCAAAUCCGUCGCCAUUGCCCAGGACGCGGUGGAGAAAGCCCAGCAAGCCGACGCGACCGCCGUCGCCUUCUCCCCCCUUAAACCCCUUGCACCCGCCGCGGCUUCGGCCUUUCAGGCGAUCCGCUUGCCACCCGCAGGAACCUUGUACUCCACCCUGAGGUCCUCAUCAGCGUCCACCACGUCUGUGACAUCGUCGACCAUGACCGUACCGGUGUACUCUCUGGUGAACGUCUUGUCGGAGCCACAGCUGAAAAGACUCCCAGAUGCCAGCCCCUUGAGCAAGUCGGCCGCCGCGUUGCUAUCGCCAGUAAAAUCAUUGACGACAGAAUCACGCGCACAGCCCCAGCCUCAGUUUACCCGCACUCUGUCCCCAUUGAAGCCCUCCUUGUCUCUAGCCCCUUCGGCCCUGAAACUGGCAUCCGCCUCCACGCUGUCCUCGAGCCAGGAAAUUCUGAAAGAUGUCGCCGAGAUGAAGGAAGACCUGAUGAAGAUGACAGCCAUCUUGCAAACAGACGCUUCAAGCGACAAGGCCUUCCCAGAGGUGUCCACCAAAGUAGGGAGGAGUGAAGAUGAGAGCGAGGAGCCAUUUAAGCUGGUGAAAAAGGUGAAGGAAGACUUGGUGAAAGUCAGCGAGAUCCUGCAGAAGGAUGGCCUGAGCGAGACUAAGCAUGGCACCAAGGGAGCUCAGACGAAUGGCGAUCUCUCGGGGGAGGGAGAAUGGGCCACGUUCGCUUAUGAUGACACCGAGGAAGCGAAGCAAAGGGCCAGUGAGGAACUGAGCACCUACAUGCACAUGAAAGCCAAGAGUGGAGGUGAGAAGGACUUCAGUUUGGCGAGAGUCGUCAACUACUUGGCAAACGACCUUGGGAUUGACACGUUCAGCAAGAUGGCCGACAAAUAUCACCAAGCUGACACCAAAAAGGAAGGCGAAGAAAAGAUGUUCUCCAGAAGGGCUCAGAAGCCAGCAAUGCCCUUGCCAGAGCAUAAACUCAAAAUGCCUCCGUCUCCCAUGCGCUCCUCAGCUUCCGAGAAGGAGCUGAGUAAACUGGCAGACGCAAUGAUGGCGACUGAAGUCAUCCUGGAGUCACCAGAUGACUUUUCCCAGCACGAUCAAGAUAAGAGCCCGCUGUCGGACAGUGGGUUCGAGACCAGGAGCGAAAAGACCCCUUCCGCCCCUCAGAGCGCAGAGAGCACCGGGCCCAAGCCCCUGUUCCACGACGUUCCCAUCCCUCCGGUUAUCACGGAGACGCGGACGGAAGUGGUGCGUGUCAUCAGGAGCUAUGAGCCUGACGAGAUGCAGGAGCCCAAAAUGGACGGGCUGCCUCCAUCGCAAAGUCCAGAGAUGUUCCCAAAGAUGGAAGAGAAGCCGAUUGGCUCGAUCAAGGACAAGGUGAAGGCCUUCCAAACUAAAAUGCAGCUGGAGGAUGAGGACAGUAAAGGUAUGAGGGCCAAGGAGGUCCAUGUGAAAGAAGAGACCCAUAUUACGACAACCACGAGGAUGGUUUACCACUCGCCACCCAGCCCCGAAAGCAAAGCCAGCGAAAGGAUAGAAGAGACCAUGUCUGUUCGCGAUAUCAUGAAGGCUUUCCAGUCAGGCCGUGAUCCUUCCAAAGAGUUGGCCGGCCUGUUCGAGCACAAGUCAGCAGUUCCUUCAGAAAGCGGCAGACCCGGAGAGGCGGCCAUGACAUUUGAGUCCAGCUUGAAGCCCAAAGUGGAAAGGAUCAUCGAGUUGCACAUCGAGAAGGGGAACAAGGUAGAUCCAACAGAGGUCAUUGUAAGGGAGACAAAAACACACCCAGAGAGGGAGCUGUUUGUUUACCAGAAAGACGGCGAGGCGAGAGAUGCCAGGUUUGAGACCUGUCAGGACGAGCAGGGGCAGCAAGAAGAGGAGGAGCUGACCGCAGAAGAGUCACUUCCCUCCUGCAUGGAAUCCUCGCGGGUCAACACCCCCGUCUCCCAGGACGACGACAGCCGGCCCAGCUCGGCGCAGCUCAUCUCCGAUGACUCGUACAAAACCCUGAAGCUGCUCACCCAGCACUCCAUCGAGUACCACGACGAUGAGUACUCAGAGCUACGGGGGGAGUCCUACAGGUUUGCGGAGAAGAUGCUCCUCUCCGAAAAGAUGGACAUUCUGCACUCUGAUGCCGAGGAGUCGGCCUCCGAGCAACCUCAGCUCCUCGGCGCUGAGGCCCAGCCAAUCAGCCGCCACGGGCGGAAGGGCGACCCAGGGCUGGAGGAGAGAGAGGUGGCCACGCUGCACAAAGUGGCCCGCGACAGCGCCGCCAGAGCUAGCAGCCAGGAGGAGGCCUAUGAGAAGGUCGCCCUGCUGCACUACCCACCAGAGCCCGGCAGCCCCAAACACGCCGUGUGGAUGCGGUUCAGCGAGAACAGGCUGGACGGGGGCCAGGAGAAGCUUGCGUACGGGGACCGAGUGGACAGGACAGUGAAGGAAGCCGAGGAAAAGCUGACAGAGGUGUCUCAGUUCUUCCGGGACAAGACUGAGAAGCUGAACGAUGAGCUGCAGUCGCCGGAGAAAAAGCCACGGCGGAGGGAGGGAGCGCGGCCGGGGCCCGGCCCCUCCGCCGCCGGCAGCCCCGAGAGGCUCCAGCUUGGUGACGCUCCGCUGCGCGGUGAGGGGAGCCUGGAGAAACGCAGCGAUCAGCCCUUCCGCAGGUACCCCGUGCGAGAGGAAGAGAACAGGGCCAGCGCCCAGCUGCUGGCGGGCCCCCCGCAGCUGGAUCUCUCCGGCCCUCCGGAGGGAGUGGGGGAGGAAACGAGGCAGAGCGAGGAUCUGUUGCAGCCAGCGGCCCAUUCCAAGCAGGCCAGAAACCGCUCCUUGCAGAGAAACGGCGAGGCCCCGCAUGGUCCCCAGCGGAUCGAGCAGGCCCAGGGCGCCAGUGGAAAGCCCCGGAAGUUCGCCGGCCCUCAUGCUUCCGGCCAAGACGACAGCGACGAGGUGGGGAGAGGAGGAGCGAGCCUUCCGGAAAACAAACAGCAGGAAGGGCCGCAGAACCUACCCCUGAAGAGAGGGCGGGAGAGCAAGCUGCCAAUCUACCAGUUCUCACUGAAAGAUGGCACCCAGAAGAUGGCUGCAGAGGGGGCCAUCUUGACCAUAAAGGAGGCGUAUGCCAGUAAGCUGAAAGAUCUCAGCUGCCUGAACAUUGCCAGCGAGCCAGCUCCGUCAACGCUUCAGAAGAUGGUGGACGCUGUGCCAGAUGUGCCCCAUUUCCCAGCCACUGCUCCAAAGCCGCUAACGUUCGGGGCGAAAGGGGCGGGGUGGUCGCCCGAGAGAGAGGCGGCGUUGAGUAAAGAAUCUGCAGCCCAGGGCACAUCUGAGAAGGAGGGAAAGGUUUACCGGACUUGGGAGAGCUGUGGGAAUUCCCACCACAAACUGCAGCGGGACAAGUUGGCACACGUGCUGGUGCAGGACAGUCUGAAGGAAAAUGACGUUGUCCCCGUGGAAUUCAAUGUCAAUGGACACCUACCGGAGAAGGUUGGCCCUUCAGUAAUGGAGAAGGAGUUCCUGGCAAAUAACAGGCCUUCAGUAAAACAAGAGGCUACGUUGCCGUCUCCUUCUAAGAAAAUGGUUUACACAGAGCUUGUUAAGAAGGAAGUGGCUGACGGCGACGGCGAGCACACGAGAGGAAGACCUGCGAGGAAAGAGGCCUCCGGUCUGUCGCAGAUCCCAGUCAGAAUCCCCGAGGAAAAGCCCAAACCGGGAGCCAAGAUGGCCGAAUGCAAUGGCGACCUGGUGAAAACCCACAAGACCGAGCUGGUCGCCAGUGCGUCCAACAUGACCCUCGGUCGGAGCAGGAAAGGGAAGCAGCUUUCUGAAGGGGCAGAUACCAGCAUUCCGACUCCCGGCUCUAACAGCUACGGUGAGCACGCGGACGUGAACGGUAGCCGAGAGGACCCGGAGACUUCCCCAGUCAAGUCGCCCGACUCCCUGGAGUUUAGCCCGGUUAAAGACACAGCGUUGAGUGAAUUCUUCGAUCGGAGCCCAGUUGAGUAUUUGGAGAAAGGGGCACCGCUAGCCAGCAUCGAAGGAUUCAAAGAGAUAAAGACCUUGCCGGUGUACGUCAGCAUCGUGCAGAUGGGCAAGCAGUGCGAGAAAGAAAUGGCGGGCCCACCUCAAGGAGCUAUCAGACGGACCAUCAGUCAGGAGAGCAGGACGGUGCAGGAGACCCGUGGCAUCUUUUACACGGCUCGCCAGCACAGGCAGCCAUCUUCGUCCCCUCAGGCCAGUCCAGAAGACGACACCUUGGAGCAAGUCUCGCUCAUUGAAAGUUCUGGCAAAAGCCCCCUCACCCCGGAAACCCCCAGCUCCGAGGAAAUCAGCUACGAGCUCUCCACCCAGUUGCCGACGGUGCACGGGAAGCCGAGCCCCAUUCCCGAGGUGUCAGAAGAGUCUGAAGAGGAAGAGGCGGCUCCCAGGCCUGGGAUGAUGGAUGGGCGUGAGAGGCGGCCAAAGGACAAGCGGGUGGCGUACAUCGAGUUCCCUCCCCCCCCUCCCAUCAACGCCCUGGACUGCGAGGCGCCUGGGAAGGGGGAGAGCCGAGGGCCCGGUCCGCAGAGGAGGGGACGCCUGCCCGGCUCUGAGGACGAGCUGGACACCAUCGAGCUGAACCUGCAGGAGGAGCAUGACCAGCACCUCCUUACAGAGCCGGUCAUUCGGGUCCAGCCUCCGUCGCCCACCCCUCCCGGGGCUGAUGACAGCGACACCAGCAGCGACGAGUCCAUCUUCCAGCCAGCGCCGCUGAAGAAGUACACCUUCAAGCUGCAUGACGACAGCCCAGCGGGGGCUGCUCCCUCCACCGGGCAGCCUGAACACGCCUCCCGUUGCCAGGAUGACCACGAUGCCUUUGCCCUGGACCCUCCCCUGGAGAACGACGCCGUCCCCAACGGUAACAAUGACCAGUCGGUGACUGAGUGCUCCAUCGCGACCACCGCCGAGUUCUCCCACGACACCGACGCCACCGAAGUGGACUCCCUGGAUGGCUAUGACCUGCAGGAUGAAGAUGAUGGUUUCUCGGAGGCUGACUCUAAGUCCUUGAAUCAGGGGAUAGAAACGAAGAUGGAUGUUUGGGUCACUGAAGGGAUUGUGAAGCAGGGGGAUCGUUCCUAUAGCCAGGGUAAACUUGCAGUGAUUGAGGAAGAAGGAAAGGUAGGCGCUGACGAAGAAGCCCCCUUGCAGUCUAAAACUUCUGAACAGAAAGGCGAAGGACAAACUGAUGGUAAACCAGGAGCCGAGAUCUUCACUUUGGAAGGCAGGCAUCCUGACAGAACUCGCUUUAAUGAUACGUAUUUUAGUUACAAACUAGAGGAAGAAUUUGCAACCCCGUUUAAAACUGUUGCCACCAAAGGCCUUGACUUUGAUCCAUGGUCUAAUGGCCGAGGGGACGAUGAAGUCUUUGAAGCUAGGUUAAGAGAGGAUGAGCAAAAAGCCUUUGGCUUAGCAGUAGAGGACAGGUCCCAAGCAACAACACCAGAUACAACCCCAGCCAGAACCCCAACAGAUGAGAGCACGCCAACUAGUGAGCCUAACCCCUUCCCAUUUCAUGAGGGGAAGAUGUUUGAGAUGACUCGCAGUGGUGCAAUUGACAUGAGCAAGAGGGAUUUUGUUGAAGAAAGGCUCCAAUUUUUCCAAAUUGGUCCCCAGACCCCAUGUGAACAGACGGAUAUACGGACAGCCAUUGUAGCAGAUCAUCUCGGGUUGAGUUGGACAGAAUUGGCGAGAGAAUUGAACUUCUCUGUUGACGACAUUAAUCAAAUUCGGGUUGAAAAUCCAAACUCGCUGACCACUCAGAGCUUCAUAUUGUUGAAGAAGUGGGUCUUUCGAGAUGGCAAGGAUGCAACAACUGAUGUCUUAAGCAGGGUCCUCAAAAAGAUUAAUCGGAUGGACAUUGUGACCCUACUCGAAGGACCAAUUUUUGACUAUGGGAAUAUCUCAGGCACAAGGAGCUUUGCCGAUGAUAGCUGCGUGUUCUUGGAUCAAUCGGAUGGUUACCCAUCCAUUCAAAAGGAGCUGCUGACACCCGCAGGAUUGUGCUAUGAGCCACCCACCCCUCUCCGAUGUGACGAUUAUUUUAGUAAUUUUUCUAGCGUAGGAUCGUCCCCCACAACUCCCCGCGAACCAGUCCUGUCUCCAAAAGCAGCUGCACCUUUCAUAAAGGCCGAGGACACAUCACUGGACAACACUGGCACUGAUCGCUCUGUGCUGUGCCAGGUGAUGGGCAAAGGGGUCACUUCACAGCAGGGGCAGGUGAAUGAGAUGGCAGGCAGCGAGCAUGAGACUGGGCUUGCGAUCACAGAGGCCAGCGCCCUCUGCUUUGCUCGACCUUGCAGUAAAACGCAGCAGGAGGACCACAAUCAGUCCCCAGAGGACGGAAGCACGGCCGGACAAGAGACCUCUUCCAGCCAAGUUCAGCAAGAGGAACGGAGUGACUCUGAGGAGCUCGCAAAACUCAAACCGAAAGGCCUGGGCGUUGUUCAGCCAGGUGAAGGUUCAGAUGACGAGGUGGUGACAAAAGUAGAAGACCAGAAUAUACCCCAUACUCAGAAUUCCCAGAACCAAUUUUUUGCAGUUCCAGGUUGGCAUAGCGACUCGUCCAGCGUUGACGUGGAGCCACCAACUCCGAGACGCUGUAACCUGAGCACUGACAAUCUGGAUGAAGACAAUGGCAACCUCCAAGAACAGCGAAUUAAGAAUGAUCUGGCUGCAUCCGUUAUGUUUCACAUGAAAGGACAGGUUCUAAAGCCUAAGGAAAAUGGUGACCAUGAUAUACAUAGGUUGGACCGUCAAAGGGAGUCAGGCCAUGCUCCAUCUGGGCCUUUGAUUCAGGAGGUGGGCGGUGAUCUGCCUGUAACACCACAAGACAGGAAAACACUGAAUGGAAAAGUCCAUAAGCGUUCGGUGCUAAUCACUGAACAGGCAGAGCCCGUGACGGAAUUGCAGAAAGACCUGGCAGAGACGAGGCGGCCGGGUGUAGACGAGUAUGUAAGCCCUCUGUUCGGAAGCGAGAGGAAAACAAGUUGGUCAUCAGAGGUUCUUAAAUCAGGACCGAACUUCAGGGAUGAUGGUUCCUCACCAGCAGAACACAAAGCUCAGGAACUUGGGGAAAGCGAGACUAGUUCGGAUGAGGAGGAGAUUAUCACGACCAGGGUGACUCGCCGCAAAGUAGUUCUGAAGGGAGAGGAUGCAAAGAAAGUUCCUGGAGAGAUGGUCACACAAGAGCAGUUCGUCGACGACGAUGGAAAUGUGGUCACCAGAAAAGUAACCCGGACAGUGGUGAGUCGACUUGUGCUGUCUCCUGACAGGGAGCGUGAGGAUGAUGAUCUGGGCCGAGGUGCGGAGGAUGGAGCUGGCUACUUUGGAAGUGGUGUCGUAGGACCGGAGCAGGUUGAAGGCUAUAAAGUUAUCAGAGUGAAAAAGGAAACGAGACAGGCUGACAAGAAGACUCAUUAAUGGUCUGACAAGACACAAGAAAGGCCACAGAAAAGCAUUUUACUACUGCCAGUGUUCAGGAAGGAGAUGGCUGGAGCAGAGGCCGAGGGGACUGCACAUGAAGUGUCUGCCUGCUGCUUUCACACAUUAAAGCAUGGUUUAGAUACAAGAGGAUAUUUUAAUUUAGCAUGAGCAACUUUAAAACCGCAUGGGAAAUCACUUUUCGUUCGUUGAUCUGAAGAGGGUGUGAUUGGUGCUCCAUGGGCACUUGGUGCACAACAAUGGUACGAGCAACUCUUCAAACUGAGCUGAGGAGUUUUUUUUUCAAUUUAGCGCUUUUGAUACAUUUCCUGUGACUGAGGAUGUGUCCACAACAUGUUGAGAUUCCAGCAAGGAGUGUACAAAUCACUAAUUACACACAACAUCUAGCCUUAUAAUUUUCUUGAACCCAUGGUUUCAGGGUAUUAAACAAAUCUACUUGCUUAUUUAAAAAAAAUUUUAAAAAAACAAAAAAAUGGUUUUGCUGUACAUAAAGAACUCUGUAAAAAACAAUAAAAAUAAUUCUGAUCAGGUGGCAUUUCUGGAAGAAUGCAAACGCACUGACAGCACCUCAACUGUUUUAGUGUCUGAUUCAUGAUUUAGAAAUUGAUUCCACCUACUUAAAAUGUUUUGAGUGUGACUCCUCAAUUUCUUGUACAAUUAAUAGAAAAGGUAUAAUCUUUGUAUAUGCAAAAACACUGGCUUCAUUUUAACUAAGAUAGCUUUCUUUCAGACUACACUGCACAGUUUAAAAUGAUUUUCAAAAACAUGGGGAAAAAUGUGUAAAUCUACAUACAAAAAAGUAUUCUUAAAAACCGAGAUUUCUUCGAAGUACCAAUAUUCCAAUGCAUGUGUCCCUCAUUUUAAUUAAAUUUUCUUUGCCCCUGCAGUCUGCAGACUUGGUGUCGGAAUUUAACACAGGAUUUAUCACACGAUUCCCUUUUAUUUUUUCUUGCUUUUUUUUAUGAAAUAACUAAACAAUCUUAAAAGAUGCCAUACAUUAUGCAAAGGGGAGGUGUUUCAAGUACUUGCUUCUAGAAGGGUUUAUUGCUUGCAAUGCAGUAGUUGAACUAAUUCUCUUGCAGGCACAGUAUUGACAAACUGAGUUGAGACAAUAAGGAUGUACAUGCUUGUAGACUUGCAACACGGUGUAAAAUUAUUACUGUAUCAUGUGUAUUGGCGAUAAGAUGUAGAAGUCUUUCCAUAAGCCGAUCAUCUGUAAUCUUUUUUAGCAGUGUAAUAAUAGGUUAUUAAGACCUGCUGUGGUUAAAAGGGCGUUCUACAUUUGAAUUUGGUGAAUUACUCUCCUUUGUUGAUUAUAUUCAUAUGAAAACAUUAAGCAGUCACUGAAGAUAGCUCUUAUAACUAUGUAUGAAAACAACAAAACUCCACUGAAUGAUCCAAUUGAUUAUUCAAGCAAAAAUAAAUUGUGUUCAAUCACUA